AUGUCGAGGCAGAAGCGUAAGCAGAUCGAGCUUCUGAAGCAGAAAGUUUCUUAUGGCGCCGCUGAGGUGGGAGCGGGGGAACGCGAUCGUAGCGUCAGGCAAGUUGACGGUGCGGAUGCGGGUGCGGAUGCGGGGAUGCCAGCAGGCACCGAAUGGGAUGUGGUGGAAGGCUAUGAAUGUGUGGGCGUUCGAUAG